AUGAAGCCUACGGAUGCGGGAAUACUAAUUCUCUCCAACGGCGUGCUAAUUGCCGGCGUGCUCGGGGAAGCGCUCCCGCCCGAGAGCAUUCCGAUACAGUGCGCUACGAUAUGCGGCCCCAUGGUCGAGCUCACUUCGGUAUGCAGUGGCGGCAACAGUCAGGAGAACUCGGCCUCCUUCUUGAACAGCCGACGGAAGAGGGCGAAUGAGAACCAGAAUACGGGAGCAGACGGGAAAGAAAAGCCACAGCGACAACCCAAGAACGGAGUCGAGCUUGGGAAGAGAAACUUUACCGUGAUUGUGCCCGCGCCAACAUCAUUCCCACCAUCGCUGCUCGUACAACAAGGGACUAUGGAUUCGCCGCGCCAAUCAAAGUUGACACAGAUUCGGCCAACAAUAAUAUAUCCCGUACAAGAGCCGCCACCCCAUCCACCACCAUCUCCUCCUCCUCCAUCAUCUUCUUCUUCUUCGUCGGCGCCUCCGCCACCCGUUGCCACCUCGGCUCCGACUCUGCAGCAUCCCUCAACAAGCACGUCAACUGAGUCAGACGUGCCACAGGAUAGUCACUCCAUGACGGAGCUGAUAAGCGAGAGCGUUUCGCCUACGACCUCGAGCCAUCCGCGGAGCUCCGGGGAUGCCUCGAACGACGGUGACGAGGGAGACGACGGAGACGGUGACAAUGGGGACGAUGACGGCGAUGAUCACACCAACAGCAGUGGCGCACAGCCUGACAAGAAUGAGGAUGGGUGGACGAUGAAAGAUGGUGAAGAGGAGUGCGUAUGCGAGAACAAGAGCUUCAAUGUGGCACGUGUUGCUGCCCUCUGCUCAAGCUGCAUCGCCACGGCCUCGGAGCAACAGAAUGAUAUGGAUGUCAUCAUGGAGACUUGCAAAUUCACUCCUGAGCAGUACAGCCCGGAAAAGGACAGCAUUGUCAAUGACAUUCAAGUCCAAGCAGUACCGCCAAAGGUCAUCUGGGGCCAGAAUGCCGCCGUCGCCAAGGCCGGAGCAGCGAUGCUAAUGCCCAACCAGGGUGUUCAGAUGGCAGUCGCGGCGGCCAUGAGCUUCCUUCAUCUUUGGCUUUUGUAA